AUGGGCAAUUUUGGUUUCAGCAACGCCAACUCUCCCAACUAUUCGUCAGAGUACACUGAAAAGAAUAAGAAGGCAAGACUAAGGCUGUCGUUGGUGUGUCGUCACUGUAGAAGACGGAAGAUCAAAUGCGAUAGGAAACAACCUACUUGUAACAAUUGUGCAAAAUUGCAUAUCGAUUGUGUUUACGACCAGAAGGACCAGCUGGAGCGUAAAAAAUGGGGAUCCAAACCCUCAACUUUGCAUGAACAAUUGAACGAGCUGGAGAACAAGUUUGAUGAACUGCGCAAUACUUUGAAGUCUGGGGAACUUGAAAAGUGGAAUUUCGACACGAGUUUGAAGAAACAGCCUAUAACAGUGAAUUUUUACGAGGGACUUCUGCCGAACUGCCCGAAUAGUGUUUUUAAAUCGGACUCUAAGCCGUUUUCAGACAUGGGCAUGAUUCGAAGAAAUGCGCGGUUGAAUCCGUUCUUGAAGUUUGUAACGCGAUCAUUUCAACCACUCAAUUACGCUGUGAAAAAAAUCUUACAAUCGGUGGGCGACAUUAUUGAACCGCACUCCGAUGAGCUGGAGUCCGUGGCCAAAAUUCUGUAUCUGACGCCCAAAGUGCGAGAAAUCUUGAAAAAACAUACCAUGAAUCCAGCUGAGCUCAAUAUCGAGACCUCACAAGCCAUAAAGCGCUGUCUUCUCGAUAAAGGGAGGCCAAGCUUACAAAGCGCGCUGUCCGAACCAUUCGACCUGGAGUUUUACGUUUCCAAAACAACGCGGGAGGAGCUCAUACAGCUUGUGUUAUCGAUACUUCCACGCAAAAAUAAUAUCGAACAACUUGUAACUUACUUCAUGACAAAAAUGUAUCCUUUGGUGCCCUACAUCGAUAAAACACAACUGCUGGAUACAAUUGCAGAAACCCUGGAGUAUUCUCAGACGGGACAAGUGAUUGGUCUCAAAAUUGGCGAUCAUCAAGACUUGUCUCGUAAAAUAGGUCGCAUUGCCAUAUUUCUGGUUUUAUUACGCAUAUCCUACACGGCGAUGACGCUGGUGAAUAUACCAUUUGAAGGAGAGAUUUCAAAUCAAUUUUUAGUACUGGCUCAAAAGUGCUUGGCAUAUUUGAUUGCGCUUUCUCACAAGACCAACGAAGACAUCAUUUCCUGUUUGAUUGUUAUGAGGUGGUCGUUACUUUAUUUCCCUUUGGAUGGUGAUAUGAUGACUGGGUCGGUCACAGACAUGCUUGCCAGUUUAAUUAUGAACCAUGCAUUCAAGAUCGGUCUUUAUCGAGAUUGCAUAGAUUCAGAAGCUGACCGCAAUAGCGGUCCACAACGAAGGCACCUAUUCCACUACAGAAAGAAGCUUUGGCUCGGAACACUAAUAUUGUCGAGAUCUGACAUGUAUCUGAGAGGAAACUUUCCCACUGGAAAUGCUGAGUACGCAAGUAUGAUCCGGGACUUGGAAAGCCCGGAAACCUACGAAGACGAGACUGAGUAUCAAAUACACAGCAUCCUGCAUAAGCAGUGGGAGAUUUACAGCAAGGCAAGUGUGCUCGACAAGCUGUCUACGCAUUUGCGUGAAAAUUUUGACGUUGACGAGAUACACUCCAAGAUGCGGCAUUUGGAAUAUGAGCUGCAAUUCAAGGUUCCGCUUUCCAAAACCUCGGGCCUUGAACAGAGCGCUUCAAGCAAUAUUGUGAUGCAAAGUAUGAAUAAUGCGCUGCAUUUUAAGAUUAAUGUGAUCAUUCGGAUAUAUCUGCUUGCGAUACGCGCGUCCAUAGUUAGCGACUUGGAAAUGCAAAUCAACAAAAAGCCAGGACAAUACGAUCAUUUGCGUUCACGCUACAAAGAGGUCACUGCAGAGUGCUUUGAGGCCGCGCUUCAUUUAGGGAAUAUGCUUCAACAGUACAUGGAGUCCGGCAGAGAUGAUGAAAUCAGAAAAGUUCUCAGUGAUCACCGCUAUAUUCUGGAUCAGCUAGUACAGAUCGGUAUUUUUCGAGUUUCCUAUUAUCUGAUAGGAGUAAUUUUGACCGUUUUGCGUGUGAAAGAGGGACUAUACGAUUUCAGGUGGAACAAUGAGGACAAGCAAACCUUGGGAACAGAAAUCGAUUACAAAGUUUCGGUGAUAGACUCGAUCACUGGAUCCAUUUUCCAGUACGUGCAAAGGCUGGUCCAUCUCGGAUCGCACACUUUGUCAGACACGUACUUCACGUCGUUCAAGCAAUUCCUAUUUCUGGAGUAUGCAAUGCAGGUCAUACAAAAUGAAAUAACUCCAAACAAGCCCAGUAAGCUGAAGGAGGCCCUCGGCGAGACGCAUAUACCUGCACCCAUCGAUUAUUCGCCCGAGGACUGGAUUAAGUUUUCCAACUACGUGAACAAUGCUCUUGGGCAAGACCUAUCAAUACCGGCUUUUCCCUCAGCGGAAGAACUUCUGGCAACCUCAAUUGUUCCAGACGGGAAGCAGGAUGACUUUCUCGAUCCAAUGAAUCUCUUUAAUGACGACGUUAACAUACAGAGUAUGCUGUAUGGUGAUUAUACUUGGGCAGAUUUUACAUGA